AUGGCCACGUCAGUCCUACCGCUGGCCCCAUCCGCAAAGAGCCCCUUGGCUCGCUACCGCUUGCUGUCACCUACGGCUUCAGUCCGCGUGAGCCCCCUGUGCCUUGGGGGCGCGAACUUUGGGGAUGCCUGGGCACACUACGUGGGCGCCUGCGACCAGAAGACAACGGAGGGCAUCCUGGACUUUUUCUAUGAGCAGGGCGGCAACUUCAUCGACACGUCUGGCAACUACCAGGCCGAGGAGUCGGAGAAGCGGAUCGGCGAGUGGAUGAAGAAGCGAGGGGUGCGUGACCAGAUGGUAAUCGCCACGAAGUACACGACCAACUUCCACGCUGGCUGCGGUGACAAGGAGAUCAUUGUCAACUUCAACGGCAACGGCUCCAAGAGCCUGCACACCUCGGUCGAGGCCAGCCUCAAGAAGCUGCAGACCGACUACAUCGACCUGCUGUACGUGCACUGGUGGGACUUCUCCGCCUCCAUCCCAGAGCUAAUGCAGUCGCUCAACCACCUUGUCGCCGCCCGCAAGGUCCUGUACCUCGGCAUCUCGGAUACUCCCGCCUGGGUUGUUGCAAAGGCUAACGAGUACGCUCGCUGCAACGGCCUGCGCCAAUUCUGUGUAUACCAAGGCGAGUGGUCCGCGGCCGCCCGCGACUUCGAGCGUGAGAUCAUCCCCAUGUGUCGCGCCGAAGGCAUGAGUCUGGCGCCGUGGGGCUCCUUGGGCAGCGGAAUGUUCAAGACGGAGGAGCAGCGGCAGAAGACACAGAAUGAGGGCCGCUCGCGGGUGAAGGAGCCGAGUGAGGCUCAGAUCAAGGUCAGCACGGCGCUGGAGGCUGUCGCGAAGCGCAAGGGCUGCAUCAUCACGAGCAUCGCCCAGGCCUAUGUCAGAGCCAAGGCGCCCUACGUCUUCCCCAUCGUGGGCGGCCGCAACGUCGAGCAUCUCAAGGGGAACAUCGAGGCGCUGAAUGUCAAGCUGUCGGAUGAUGAUAUCAAGGAGAUCGAGGACGCAGUUCCGUUUGAUAUUGGCUUCCCCAACAGUUUCCUAUAUGGCUCGAAGCUCCCCGACAACCCAGGCGCCGUGUGGCUUCUUUCCGUGGGUGGCACUCUCGAUCAUGUUCCUGAGCCUAAGCCUUUGUCCAAAGAGUAG